AUAAUAUUCAUAGUUGUUACUUAUUUACUAUGGUUUUUCAUGACUAAAAUAAUAGUUAUAUGUUUGGUAAUGAAUUAUGAUUAAUAUAUUAUAUUUGAAUUACCUUAUAUUACUUCCAAAACUAGAUUUGUGUUUUUAUCAAUUAACUGUUAUACUCAUUUACAUUCAAAAUAAUUCAAUUUAAUUCAAAUUUAAAAUCAAAUUGACAAAAACAACUGUUAAUAGUUACUUUUGAAAGGUAAAUGAACGGAGUACUCAGUUUCUUACUUAUUUUAUGUAUACUAAAAUAUAUUAAUAUUAGUUAAUUUAUCUACCUGUCUUUAUUAAUUUUAUAAUGACAUAAUUUAUUUUAUUUUAUAAUGUAUACCUUAUUAUUCUUUAUAUUCAUCCAUGAUGGCAUCAUCGAUUCCAUCGCUGAUUAUAAUCACAUUUCAUUAAUUGACCUGUAUACUAGGCGAGUGAUAAAGCCACUAUCUUAUGCCACUGGUGCCAUCACUGUUGAAAUAAGGAAUUUAAGGAACGUUUUUUAGAAACUAAACUUACUUUUUUUAACAAAAAUAGUUUGUGGUACACAUAUUUUUAUAAUUGGAACUCAACAGCAUCAUGAAUCAAUCUAAAGAUAAUGAUCAGACGUUUGUAAUUAAGAUAUUGGAUGAUUUGCGUUCAAAUAAUCGGUCAAAACCAUUAAGAAUGCAUUUUGAUACUAGCAUGAUGGGACUAUCGUCGUCAAAUGAUUCAUUAUUAUCAAAUAAACGACAAAGAUUGUGUAGUCCUGAUUUGCAAGAAUCUAUGAUAAGUAUGAUUGAGUUGUAAAAAUAUUUAAAAAAUUAAGAAUAAAAAUUAACAAUUUUUCAUUGUAGCACCCGAAUAUUCGCCAUGGGAAUCACGUCAUACAAAACAAGAAUUGGUUAAUGCUAAGGCAGAAAUUGCUUCCCUGCAAGAAAGAAAUACAAAACUUUUUAACCUUAAAAAGGAAUCUGAUCUUUUGUUUGAAAAAGAAAAGUCUGCCUUAGAACACAAUCUCAAAAAAUCGAAAUUAACGGUUUGAACAAUUACAAUUUUAUAUAACUCAUUUAAGAUAAAAAAUUGAACUAUUACUUAAAUUAUUACAGAUUGAUCAAUUAGAUAACAAACUAAAAGAAAUUCGAAAUGAUAAAUUUAAUUUAAAAGUAAUAAAUGAUAAUUUAAUGAAAAAACUUGAGACUGUAACUGAAGAGAAUAAUUUUCGAAUAUCAAAUCUUGAAAAGGAAAAGAAAGAUCUUGAAGAUAAACUAUUAAGUGUAAAAUAUUUUUAAAUCUUUUUGAAUUAUACCUAAAUUUGAAUAAAAUAAAAAUUAUUAAUUAUAAAAAAAAUAUUUUAUUAUAGUUUGUCAUUAAAUUUGUGUUUUCUAAUUUAUUUGUAUAGGUUAAUUUAGAGAUUACAAAAUACCAAGAUGAAGCUGCAUCUAGAAAUUGUGCUGAUUAUGAACUAAAUGAACUGAAACAGACACUUAGAUCAAAUGAAAACUAUAUUGAAGAGCUUACAAGCAAUUUAAGAAAAAAGCAAAUUGAAAUUAACGCGUUAGAAAAUGAUCAAGUUAAAAUUAAUACUGCAAACCAAAAAAUUAAAGUAAUUUAAAUUAUUUGUCAUAAAAGAAAUAAUGAUUUAGACUGUUCUUUAUUUUUACUCUGAAUUGAUCAAGUUAGCUGUUUUUUUGCAUUUUUGGAAACCUAUUGUGAUUAGGAUAUUAACACAUCAAUUGACAAUAAUUCAGAUAGUUGUGUUAUAAAGUUAAUUUUUUUCAUGAACGUUUAAAAUAAUUUAUUUUUUCUUUGCCUUUAUCACAACUAUUUGAUGUUGGCCACCCUUGUUCUAAACUUCAACUUGAUCAAUCUCCCACUUCGCGUAUAUUGACUGUCCUCGUAACAUUCUCAAUCGUACCCAAUUAUCUCUUACAAUUCAUACUUAUCUUUGGAUCUCAUUGGAAUUAUUUUGUCACAUAAAAGUUUUAUACAUAAUUUUUAUUGGGUAGGUACUGUGUGGUAAAAUUGUUAGACUUAAUAGAAAUGCGUGAACAUUUAACAGGAGGUUCGUUAAAAAUCUUACUUUUUGGUAAAAAAAAAAAAUUAAGUUUUAUGUAAUGUUUUUUUUUUAUAAUAGAAUUUUAAUAUCAAAUUUUGACGAAAAUCAUUUGAGUAAAAAAUUUUGUGGAACAAAUCUAAUUUUUAAAUUUUUUGUAUUGAAUAUAUUAUAUUGACGAUUAAAGAACGAUGUUGAAGUCAGAAUUAAGCAGACUGACUUAGUUUUGAAAUUGUAGAAUUUGGAGUUCUGAUAUUAUGUGAAUAUUAUAUGUUAUGUUAAAUAACUGUAUAUUGUCUAUCUUAAAUAAUAUUUAUUGUGAUCUAAUGGCCAUAUAGGUAAUAUAGGUUUUAGACAUGCCUAAUAUCCUACUAAGGAUUCCGAGUUUAAAUCCAAGAUAAGGAAAGACUCAGCAAUCACUUACUUGGACUAUUUUAAUCACAAAAUACCCUCGAUUUGUUCAAACUUUUCUACUAUAGUCUGUUUCAGGAGAGAACGGGCCGCGUGUGCAUAUGUUUACCCCUCCACAUAACUUGAUUUCAGCGAAGGCAGCCGAUUGUCAUUUCUUCCGUCGUCGGUUUUUGACUAUACACCGCUAGAAUAUUUUGUAGAAAUUCAAUUGUUAUUAUUAUCAGACAUCGCGCAUCGCACGUUUUUUUACCUUUGCUGUUUUAUAACCUGUUGAUGAUUUUUCAAAUCGUAGGCUAUCGUAUAUACAAGCACCUUCUAUAAUAAUCCAGACUUUGUUUUUUUUGUAUAAUUAUUUAUUUAUUUAAUAUUUUAUUGAACACUGUAGGUAUAAUACAGAGUUAUAUAUUUAAUAAAUAAUAAAUAAUUAUAUUAAAACAUUUCAUUUUUUUUUUCGUUAAAAUUACAAUUUAUCAUUUUUGUCAUAUUUACAUUUUAUUUUAUUUUUGAUAAAAUUACAAAUUUAUAAUACUAAUUAUUCGUCAUAUUUACAUAAUUUUUUUAAAAUAAUUUAAAAAAAACGAAGAAAAAAGUAAAAAUUACCAAACAGUACAAAAAAGUAAACGCUGUAAAAAUGAUGUGUGCGUACACCACGACAAUUGGCGAUAAACAGUGGAUUAUCGACAGUCAACAGUGUAUUAUUCAAAACGCAGUGUACAACACUUGCACCACUUUUGCGGUCGCCGUUGCAGCGCUGUCGAUAGAUCCGGGAGGGGAUAAAUGGAUAGUUUUGUGGCGUGGGGAUGCUCUGUGGCGAUUCAAUUUGGUCGGAGAGCGGCCCGUUCUCUCUAUAAACCAGAUAUAGAAAUCUUGUUCCGAUGUAUCGAGUGUAGCUUAUUUUCUGAAAAGAAAUUUCAUCUCCAUUAUAAUUUAGGGAGGCGAUUUUUCUAGUGUUUCAUAAUAUCUGGGAGAACCAGCAUAAAAAAUUUCCACCAGCAAAUUUAAUCAGAUUUAAAAUAAUGUUUUUAUAAUUGUUCUGAAAGGAUAUCUGACUGGGAAGGUAUUUUAGGGAUGUCAUUUUUUGAUUUUCCUAAGAGUUUUCCCGGCAAAUGUGAAAACUGGAAAAAAUAGGAAAACCGGGAAAAAACUCAGGGGUACAAUAAUAAACAAAUAUUAUUAAUGAAAUUAUAUGAUACCCAUCUAAUUAUUUUACCAUAGUAUGACAUAUAUAUUGUUGACAAAGCAUUACUAUCUACUGAACUGUGCUCAGAAUCGUUUUUUUGUUAGCAAUAGUUUAUCAUUGCUAUAGUUAUUAUUUUUAAAAACAGUAUCAAUUUACAUUUAACAAUUUAACAAAAAUUUUAAAGCUUUAAAAUCAUUAAAUAAAACUUCACAUAAUAUUUGUUUUUAGUGUUUAGAAAAUGAAUUAGCAUUAUUGCAAGAAAAUGCUAUGAUGGUUAAUACCCAACGUGAAAAAUUGAAACGUUUUAAUUCAAUGGAGACCGAACUUAUUUCAUUACGAGAUGAAGUAGCUGUUUAUAGGUAUAUUUUACUUUUAUCAAUUUAUUGAAGUCAAUUGUUUAAAUAUUCAGUAUUAUUAUGUUUUUUUUUUUUAUUUGUGUUUAGAAAUGAUGUUAAACAAACUGAAAUUUUAGAAAAUAAAGUUGCUACACUUGAAUCGAAAUUAAAUAAACAUGGACUAAUUGAACAAGAAGCAUUGCAAUUACGUUCAAAUUUAUCUGUAAGUGAAGAUCGAUUAAAAAAAUGGAUAGAUGUUUGCCGUGAGGUCUGUGAAAAUAUUGAUGAAAACCAGUGUUAUCCAGAAUAUUUACGUUAUUAUGUUGAUAAUCUAAAAAAAAAAGACAUGUUUGUUGUCAAUGAAAAAGGAGAAUUACAAAGCAGGUAAAAAAAAAUAAAACUAACAUUAUCUUUUAUUUAUAUUUUUGUAUUCGAAGAAUGGGUUAUUUUCUUACUUAUCUUUAUAUAUGAUUAAAAAUUAAACAUUUUUCAGUAUUGCCCAAUUAGAAUUAAAACUUCAACAAGUUGAAAAUGAACUAAUUAAAUCUAAAGAACAAAUUAUCAAUGCAACAAAUAAUAACAGUAAACAUGAAUUAACUAUCAAACGUUUAAAGAAACAGUUAUUCAUGGUCACAUGGGUAUAUAACAGAUUGUAUAGAUUAGGUUUCAACAAUCUAUUAAUUUUAGACCAAAUAAAUUUAAUUAUUUUUAUUUACAUAGGAAACGUACAUAUAAAUAGAAACAAAUCAUAAUGUUUAUUAUAAGUAGUAAAACAAAUACAAUAUUAAUAAUGAUACAAUAUCAUCAUGGUAUCAUGAUAUUCUUACUGCAUAUCUUUUAAUUACAAACUAAAAAGUAGUAUAGUUAAAUUUUUUAUGUGAAUUUCUACACAAAUAGUUAAAAGUAUAAAUGUAAAUAUUUAAUUUUCCUAAAUAAUAUGAUUGUGGUAGUUUUGGUUUAUGACAUUAAGAUUGUUGAUCCCAGUUACUGAUUAUUUUAAAAUAUCUUAUUUAUUAAUUAUGAACCAUUCUAGGAACGAAAUGAUUUAAGAGAAUUAAUAGAUUCUUUUCAAAAAGAAGUAACUGUAAUUGGUAAUUUAAAUGGAGAGGAUACUAAAAUGGAAGUAUUGGAAAAAGCUAUUAAUGGUUAUAAAAAUCGCAUGACUCAAAUUGAGACUGAUCCAUCAUUAUAUGUUUCUACUGACAAUAAUAAACGGUGGAUCGAAGAAAAAAAUUUACUUUUAAAAGAAAAGGAAGAUCUUGUUAAUAAAUGUAAACAGUUAGAACAUAAUUGUGCUAUUUUAGAAGAUCAAAUUGAUCAUAGAGCUUUGAAAGGAGAUUUUAAUCUAAGAGAGACAAAAGUUUUACACUUUAAGUAUGUAUUUCUGCACAUUUUAAUCUUUCAAAAUUAUUAUAUUUUUUUUUAUGUGUGUUUUUUUAAGAAUGAAUCCAGCAUCAUUAGGAUUCAACAGUUAUCAAAAUGAAUUGCUAGCUGCUAAACAAGAAAUUGAAAAAUUAAAAGAACGUAUAAAAGCUAUGCAAGAAGGUAUUUCUAUUAAUCUUACACAAGUAGUUGAUAACAGAGUCGAAUCAAAUGCAUCUCAAGAAUUAGAAGGUUUAUAACAAUUUGAAUUUAAAAUAUAUAUAUUUUUUUUUAACUAAACUUAAUUUGUUUGUAAUUUAUUAUUUGGUAGCUCUUAGAGAAAAAUUAAAAACUCAAGAAAUACAAAAUCAAAGGCUACGUGAAGUUUUUAAGAAAAGUAGUCAAGAAUUUAGGGAGUCAGUAUACACAUUACUUGGUUAUAAGGUUGAUGGACUCCAGAACAAUAUGUAUAGACUGACCAGUCAGUUUGCUUUCCAUGAGGAAGACAAUUUAAUGUUUCAAGUAUUUAUAUUUUUAAUUUUUUUUUAUACAGGGCUUAUCAAAUUUAGAGUCAAAUUCAAACUGUUCAUGAAGUUUUUUUUUUUAUGAAUUAUGUUAAAACUUUAGAAUCUUCAAAAAUUCUUAAUUGUUAUGUUGUCAUUAUGUUUACCCACUUUUGAUUUUCAAACCUAUACUAGAAUUUCUAUAAAUGAAUGAAGAUUCAUUUAUAGAAGUUUAAUUUUAAAUCAAUUUUGGUGUUGAAAUAUUUAAUUUUCAUCAAAUUAUUGAAAAGAUAUUCCAUAUUUAAAUUUGGGUAAAAGGAGUAGUGGAGCAUCAUCUGUAUAGUGACAAAGAAAUAAAUGUUUAAAAAUAAUAAUGGCCUAGAACAGCGUUCUUCAACUUGCAGCCUGCCCUAUUAUUAUUUGUGGCCAGCAAACACAUUUGAAGUAUAGUUUUUUUACUUUUUCGAUAAAAUUAGAAUGGCUAUAAGCCAUCGCUAUCAAAACAAAUUUUGAAAAUAAUGGAUAAGAUAAAUUAACUAUCUACAUAUAAAUUUGCCUGUUAGUUCAAUAUCAAUCGCUGUUUUAGUAUAAUACUCGUUUAUAUGUUACAGUCAAAAUUUCACCUAUUUUCUUCGUAAUAUGUAAAAAAAAAAAAAAAUGUUGAAAAUAAAUUUUUCUUUGUUAUGGGAAAUCCAGCUAAUAAAUGGUAAGCAGCUUCGCACGUAGGUAAGCAGUAGACCACUGUUGAUGGUGAGAAGUUUUGAAGGUAGUCAGAAAGGAAAUUUAAUAUAUAUCUGAACACCACGAUGAACCAUUGCUUACCAAAAAAACAAUUCUGAACGGAGUUCAGUUGAUGAUGUUGCUUUGUUAACAAUAUACAGGCUGUCCCAUGAAGAUAUACCCCUUGAAUAUCUCCAGAGAUAAUAAUGAUAUUCAAACUCUGUUUUUUUUUUAAACAUUAAAAUGUAUUAUUAUUAACAUUUAAUAUUGAAAAAAUAUAAAUAUUUGUAGUCCUCUUCCCUGUGAAUAAUAUAAAAAAAAAAAAACAAUUUGAUCAUCUUUAUUAUCUCUGGAGAUAUUUAAAGGGUAUAUCUUCGUAGGACAGCUUGGAUAUGUUGUAUUAUGGUUAAAUAAUUACAUAUACAUUGUAUGUUUUCUUUAAUAAUGUUUAAUAUUGUAACUAUUUUCCUGGUUUUCCCAUAUUUUUUUAAAUUUGUUAAUUCUUGGAAAAAAUCGAAAAAAUAUAAACACCUGAAAAAAAAAUCACUUCUAAGUUUUAUCUGGAUAGCUGAUUGUGUAUAUAUUUCACAUUAAUUUAUUGUUAAAACAUAUAAUUUAACAUAUUCUAUUAUUUGUUUUUAGUUAAGCGAAGGUUCAAUGCAUUUACUUGAAACGCCAUUUUCAAAAACUAUUGAAGAUAUGAUAAAUUUACAUCUUGGGCAACAACAUUCUAUACCUCUUUUGCUAUCUAGUUUGACUGUUGACUUAUUUAGUAAACAAAGCAUGACUGUGACUGCAGAUUCAACACGAUUUGAAUCUACUAUUAACUAGAAUGCAGACUAAAUAAAACAUGUUUAAGUACAUUUUUAAACUUUUAUUCAUUCAUUUUUUUAUAAUUUUUUGUAACCUUGAUUAUAUGAAUAUUAUGAUAUUGUUUAAU